GCUUGGCCAUCAAAUUUUGGGUAAUUACACACACAACAGUCAAACAUGCAGCAGUCGGGGUCAGGUUGGCCUUUCUGAAUGAGGAUGGAGCAGACUGUUAUGGCAGGAGGUGAAUGAUACAUGGCAUCUCUUUCUGCUAGGAUAGUUGGGUCUGUGAGUCUGUGACCCUUUACUUGUCUACCCUGUGUACAGAACUGUUGAUGGUAUUGUCCCACUGUGUAUACGUGGGUAGCCAUCACCAUCAGAAAUGGCACCUUUGUGUAUCAGAGGAAGUCGUGUUUUAUAUUAUUAUAGGAGAUGUGUAUUUUCAAAAGAUUUCCACCUUACAUUUGAAUAAUAUUUUUUUUCAAAAGUGUUUUAUCUGAUCUGUUGGAUUUUGGAGCCUUAUAACAGCCUUGUGAUAUGUGUUAAUAGUGAUAUGUGUUAAUAGUGAUAUUCCUAUUGACAAAUGGAGAAGAUGAGAUAGAAGCUGGGACUCAGUGCCACUCAGUUAUUUAGUAGUGGAGCAGAUGCUGGAACCCAGACCCUGCAUUCUCCUUGUUUCUUACUCUUAGUAUGAAACUGACAAAGUUUUGGUGAGGAACUUACUCUGGAUUUUUGAGGUAAAAAUGGAAGGUUAUAGACCCCAAGGGACCUGGUCUACUUGGAGCAGAACAUAUGAUAAUAUCAGACUUAGAGUACAUAAAACCAAUGGGAGCGGUUUCUUCCUUUGUUAAAUUUAGGUCCAUUUCUAGUCAUUGGAAGCAUUUUUACUUGCAUCUGCAUUCUUUGUCUUUGUAGAAUUCAGGAGUUAAGGGAAACUUUAAAAGAUUACUCAGCAAAUUUGGUUUUGUUUUAUGUGAGUACACAUCUAUAAAAUUUAGACGUUGAGAAAGUAUCCCUGGAACAUGAUUCUACUAAGGAUGCCUAGGUUACUGCCACAGUGGGAGAUGUGUUGUCUGUUGCCUGGUGGUUAGGAAGAGUAACAGUAUAUAAAGAAGUUAUAUCUGCAUAGAAAAAAAGACUGGGAGAGAAUGCAUCAUAAUGGGUAAUUUAAAUUUUCUUCUUUGAACCUGUAUAUAUUUCCUAAGUUCUCUACAGUGACCAUAUAUCAUUUUUGUACUCAAAGAAAAUGUAUACAGUUUGAUUUUUAUGGUUCAAGUGAGAAUUUGGAAAAAUGUGGAUCUUCGGACUUUUUUUUUGAGUUGGAGUCUCACUCCCUCUCCCAGGCUGGGGUGCAGUGGUGUGAUCUCUGCUCAUUGCAACCUCAACCUCCUGGGUUCAAGUGAUUCUCCUGCCUCAGCCUCCCAAGUAGCUGGGAUUACAGGCGCCCGCCAUCACGCCUGGCUAAUUUUUGUAUUUUUAGUAGGGACGAGGUUUCACCAUGUUGGCCUGGCUGGUCUCAAACUCCAGACCUCAUGUGAUCCGCCUCCCAAAGUGCUGGAAUUACAGGUGUAAGCCACAGUGCCCAGCCUGAUUUUGGGACUUUUGAAGAGCAGUUUAAACACUUGAUGCUAUGAAGUUGUUUUGCUUUCUAAGCAGUUUGUUAACAAAUCAGUUUGAUAAAUUAUUGAUUAUCGUAUGGGUCAAGUUGUGAGUGUAUUAAGUGGUUUGGGUUUUUCUUUGCAUUAGAAGUUGGUCAUUUAGCUCUGCUGAUCAAGAAAUUAAUUUUAGUCCUCUGGAAGCAACCAAGACCUUAAGUUUACUUACAGUAAUUAUUUAUCAGUAAAUGAUCUAGAAAUAGCACUCCAAUUUAAAUCCUGAAAACUAACUUAAGGAUCUACUUAUAUGCUUCCAUUCCUUGGCAGAUUUCUAAUAAAAAACCAAAUUGUUAGUGCUUCUUUAAGGUAGUGUUUUUCAUCCAGGUACAUUGGACUCAUUUCUCUCACUCAUUCGCUUGCUCAUUUGUUCCCUCUUUUGCUGUGUCCUGGGCACAGCACUAAAUACUGGGGACACGACUAAGGCAGGGUCCCUGCCAGCAAAGACUACAGCUUUUAGUUUGGGAGAAAAAUCAGAGAUGUCCUUGGCAUCUGGAAGUAUCCUGUGAUUUCUUCUGUUUUCUUCUUUACGACUAGAAAGGCAGAAUGAGUAGCUUGUUUAAAGAACUUAAUGGAUUUAGGGAUGUGAAUAGAUGACUUUAAGGGAAGCUGAUGGCUUCAUAGUUAUUUCUCUGAUUGCAAAAUACUGACAAUUUAAGGAAUUUCCUCAUCUAAUGAGCAUUUGUUACUGAGGUAGAUGAUCUGGGCAUUCAGGUUUGCUUUGGGAACUUAAUCAAACAACAUUGUAUCGAUUUUUCCAGGAUGGAGACAGUGUCUUUUUGACUCUUAUCCUCUAUACUUAACACUGUGUGUGACACAUAAUAGGCAUUAUUAUAUAGCCAUUAUCAGUCAUGUGCCACAUAAUGACAUUUUGGUCAACUGUGGGGCAUAUAUAUACAGUGGUGGUCCCAUAAGGUUAUAAUGGAGCUGAAAAAUUUCUAUUGCCUAGUGACCUCAAAGCCAUCAUAAUCUUGUAGUGUAAUUUAAAAAAAUAAAUUUAGUGUAGUCUAUGUGUACAGUAUUUAUAAAGUUUACAGUAGUGUGCAGUAACGUCCCAGGCCUUCACAGUCACUCAUCACUCACUCAUUCACUCUGAGCAACUGCCAGUCCUGCAAGCUCCAUUCAUUUUCUUCCCUGUGGAACAGUAGAGACCUAGUCUGCCUUCUUUCACAAGAUAAUCUUUCAAUUAUUUGAAGGUGAUUAUUCAGCAUAUAUCUCUUGAGUACCUGCGCAUGCAAGACACUGUCCUGGAUAUUGUGAGAGAUCCAAAGAUUCUCUUUGUGGCCAGAUGGGUUUGUAUGGACAGGCUUGUCCAUCUGUAACUUCAUUAAGGAUGACAUCUGAACUGGAGAGCAGCCUAACAUCUAUGGACUGGUUACCACAGCUCACCAUGAGAGCAGCCAUCCAAAAAUCUGAUGCUACACAAAAUGCACAUGGAACAGGAAUUUCUAAGAAGAAUGCACUCCUUGACCCAAAUACAACUCUGGACCAGGAAGAAGUCCAACAGCACAAAGAUGGGAAACCUCCAUACAGUUAUGCCAGCCUCAUUACAUUUGCAAUUAAUAGUUCACCCAAAAAGAAAAUGACUUUAAGUGAAAUUUAUCAGUGGAUUUGUGAUAACUUCCCAUAUUAUAGAGAGGCUGGCAGUGGUUGGAAGAAUUCCAUACGACAUAAUCUGUCAUUGAACAAAUGUUUCCUUAAAGUGCCUCGAUCUAAGGAUGACCCUGGAAAGGGGUCCUACUGGGCAAUAGACACCAAUCCGAAGGAAGAUGCGCUGCCUACUCGGCCAAAGAAGAGAGCACGAUCUGUAGAACGGGCCUCAACUCCAUAUAGCAUAGAUUCAGAUUCUUUGGGAAUGGAGUGUAUUAUUUCGGGAAGUGCCUCUCCAACUCUGGCAAUCAACACUGUGACUAACAAAGUAACAUUGUAUAACACUGAUCAGGAUGGUAGUGAUAGCCCACGCAGUAGCCUUAACAACAGUCUCUCAGACCAGAGUUUGGCAUCUGUUAAUUUGAACAGUGUUGGAAGUGUGCAUAGUUAUACACCGGUGACAAGCCAUCCAGAAUCAGUUUCUCAAUCAUUAACUCCUCAGCAGCAACCACAGUACAACCUUCCAGAAAGAGACAAGCAACUACUUUUCUCAGAAUAUAAUUUUGAAGAUCUUAGUGCCUCAUUUCGGAGCCUUUAUAAGUCAGUUUUUGAGCAGUCACUUAGUCAACAAGGUUUGAUGAACAUCCCUUCUGAAUCUUCCCAGCAGUCCCACACUUCAUGUUCCUAUCAGCACUCUCCCAGCAGUACAGUGAGCACUCACCCACACAGCAACCAAAGCAGCCUGUCCAACAGUCAUGGCAGUGGCCUCAACACCACGGGCAGUAAUUCGGUUGCACAGGUCUCACUAUCUCACCCCCAGAUGCACACACAGCCAUCUCCACAUCCUCCCCAUCGACCGCAUGGUUUACCGCAGCAUCCGCAGCGUUCCCCACACCCAGCACCACACCCACAGCAACACAGCCAGCUCCAGUCCCCUCACCCCCAGCAUCCCUCUCCACAUCAACACAUACAGCACCAUCCGAACCAUCAGCAUCAGACGUUAACACAUCAGGCACCCCCACCCCCACAACAGGUAUCCUGUAAUUCUGGUGUUUCAAAUGAUUGGUAUGCGACACUUGAUAUGCUAAAAGAAAGCUGUCGAAUUGCCAGCAGUGUUAAUUGGUCAGACGUAGACCUUUCACAGUUUCAAGGUCUGAUGGAGAGUAUGAGACAGGCAGAUCUCAAGAACUGGUCUUUAGACCAGGUUCAGUUUGCUGAUCUCUGUUCUUCUCUUAAUCAGUUCUUUACACAAACUGGCCUUAUACAUUCACAGAGUAAUGUUCAGCAAAAUGUUUGUCAUGGUGCCAUGCAUCCAACAAAACCUUCCCAACACAUUGGAACAGGAAAUUUGUACAUAGAUUCUAGGCAAAAUCUCCCUCCUUCAGUGAUGCCACCCCCUGGUUAUCCUCAUAUCCCACAGGCACUCAGCACUCCAGGAACAACGAUGGCAGGCCAUCACAGAGCCAUGAACCAGCAGCACAUGAUGCCUUCCCAAGCCUUCCAGAUGCGGCGUUCCCUGCCUCCAGAUGACAUCCAGGAUGACUUUGAUUGGGAUUCAAUUGUGUAGGGCUUGUUUCUGCAAGACACCAGACCCUAAUGUUACCUUUCUGUGCAGUGAAGGGAAAGGUUUAAGAGAAUCCAGUUGAGAAAACAAACUUGCUAAUCACUUUGCCAAUGUUAUCAAAAUUACUUUUGAAGACAAUCAGAAGGAUUUUAGCUGGAUAACUUACUGCUUUUAUCUGACCCAAACAAGUACUACAUGUUUGUCUCCCUGCCAGCUGCCCUAUGUAGCUCCUAACUGUUGUGUGAUUUGGACGGCUUUUUGCGUAUUUGUGUCAGUUUGAUGUUAACCACAAGUGCCAGACUGAUUUUUCAGACGGAGCCUAUUUUGCUGCAAGCAGUUUAUAUAAAGAUACAUAUGUGUAAAUAUAUGUACAAAAAUUACUGAAAGGCUUCAGUUUUUUCUAAUUGGAUUAUUAUGUCUUGAAAGGAAAGUUAUUGUCAGUUUUUAUUCCUUGUUAGGCUAUUUUCUGCAGAAUGCUUUUAACUGAUGUAGGAAACUGAAAGGAAAUAGAUUUUUUUCCAAAGCCCAGUUCCCCUUAUUUAAUCUUUUUUAGAAAUGUGGGUAAUGAAUUCUACCUAAGAAGUCAAGGAAACCAGAAUUUGACACUCUGCAACAAUCCAAAGGGGCAUGUUGCUCCUGAGCAGCAUGAAGAAGAACUGACCGAAUUGGUUUUGAUGCUUGGGGGAUCAUAGAGUAUUUAUGUCUGCUUUUCUAAAUCUGUGUUAUAACAGCUCUAAAAUUUAUUGAUCGGUAAGAAAUUGGGCAUUGCUUGGCUCUUUAAACACAUCAGUGCUUCCACAUUCACCUAUGUAUUUAUUAUUCAAAAGUGUUAUUUUAAUAUUUAUUGCUACCUUCUGUGAAUGCUUAGCUCCUGUUGGGUUCAUUAAGGAGAAAUGUGUCUGAAAGCACAUAAUUAUUAUUUUUUUCUUUUUUUGAGAUGGGGUCUUGCCCUGUCGCCCAGGCUGGAGUGCAGUGGCGUGAUCUUGGCUCACUGCAACCUCCGCCUCCCGGGUUCAAGCAAUUCUCCUGCCUCAGCCUUCCGAGUAGCUGGGAGUGCAGGUGCACACCGCCAUGCCUGGCUAAUUUUUUGUAUUUUAGUAGAGACGGGCUUUCACCAUGUUGCCUGGGCUGGUUGCAAACUCUUGAGCUCAGGCAGUCUGCCUGCCUCAGCCUCCCAGAGUGCUGGGAUUACAGACGUGAGCCACUGCGCCCGGCCCAGAAUUACUUUUCUUGAUAAGAAUUUACAGAUAAGACACUCAGAGAGACAUUGUGUCAUUCUCUAUCAUCAGUCCUUUUACCAUGUGAAUAGAUUUCUCUGUCUUGGCAUUCUUGCUGAUUCAGACUUAUUAGUUAAAUCAGAUUUUUCUGGAAUUUGAAUCAGAUUCCAUUUGGGCAACAACAGCAGGGCAGUGUUUCUAAAGCAAGUUUCCCCACUCAUCUAGGUUGUCUUGAAAGGAGGAUAGAGCCACUUACAGUUUUAUUUGCUUCAGUGUUUAAUGUAGAUAUUAUGUGGCCUGCUGUUUCUGUUGUCUUGUAUGUCUGUGUAUGCAUGACAUUUGGUCCCUUUCUUUGAAAUGCAGCCCACCUCUUACGGGUUUUUUAGUGGUGGUGGUUUGUUUUGUUUCAUAUCAUAUCACAGUUUGCAUGGACUGAUUAUCUUAGUUUUAUGAUAAAACUAGAAGAAAUGAGGGUUUUUUUUUUUUAAUGAAUAGAUUUUGAAUUGAUUCUUUAGGCCCCCAAAAAAGUGUCAAUUCUAAUGGGGAAAUAUAUUCCAUCAAGUCGAAGAAUAAUAACUGCUCACUAGUUGCUUUUUAGCAUCUCUGGUCUUACAGCCAUGCUAAAUCACUUUAAUUAGCCUUAGUGAUUCUAUGGUUGAGUAAUCUCUACUUGAACUAAACAAACAUCUUUUGUUUCUGUGUGUGUGUGCUGUGUGUGAGAGAGUGUGCAGGUGUGUGUGUGUGUGUGUGUGUGUGUGUGUGUGUGUGUGUGUGUGUGUGUGUGUUUUAAUGGAGUGUUGCCUUGAAUGAAUCACUGGGAAGCCAGCCAUGGUAAGGGCUGGUGAGGUUGGGGAGAAAGGAAGAGCUUUAUGUUUCUCUGUUGUUUGGACCCUACUUGGCAUGAAAAAGGAAGCUCAGUUCCAGCCCCUUGGAUCAACGAAAAUCAGAGGAUUCUGGAAAGGCAGCCAACUUGCGCCUCUUAGAAGGAUCAGAGGCAAGAUGAGAUGGCAGCCUGCAGAGUAAAUGCUUGAAAAAAGAGAGGUGAUUUUCCAUGGUUUGCUUAAGUCACUGUUUUCUAGACACCAAAAUAGCUGUUUUGAAACUGUUUUAAUUGCUUGGGUAGCAAAGUGCACUUUAAACAAUUUGGAUAUUGGAAUGCAGUCUCAUACUGAGUGAUUUGAGUAGAACCACUGAUGAUGAUUUUAUAAAUUGUGUGAAGCGAAUUUCCCAUUUGGCAAUCAUUUACUGAUUUGCAGUGAUGAAUAUUUUUAUGAGAAUUUAAACUUAGCAAGAAUGGCCAUGGAGGCAAAGCCUUCACGCAGACCCAUCCCACUCUCCUGUGAUCCAGCUGGUCCAGGAGCCCAGGACAGGCCUUUUCUGUGGGCCCUGGCCAGACAGGGUUACCUGGUGAGGUGCAGAGAGUCCCUCUAGUGGCCAUUUCGUAUGGUAGUUGCUAAUGCAGAACAAGUUCUGUCUUGGGCUUAAAUUGACUGAAGACUUUAGGGGGAAAGAAUAGUAAAUGCAUGUAAACAAAUGGGGGCACUCUGUCCAGGAGAAUAAUCCGACUGGCAUUUGUGGCAGUUUUUGAAAUGUAAAUGUAUUCAUGUGUGUUCUUGUAAAUACGUGUCGCUCAGAUGUCCUUUGAAGUGGGAGGGAAUCAAUCCGGGGAUAAUUUCAAAUGGAAUAGAGUAUUUUGAUAUUGUUCAUUCAGAGGGUGAUGUGUACAUAUCUAUAUUGUAUAUAUGUGAUGAAAAUGCAUUGGCUUUUUGUGCAGAUACAACUUGCUCUCUGUACUGCUGUUGGACAGUCAGUGUUUUAAUGUUUCUACAGUUUUGCUAUUGCACGAUUUCAUAUUUUGCCUCUAUGAUGAACGGCAACCAUUAUUUGUAACUGUUUAGUGCUGUAAAGAAAUAUUCCAAGUGUCAUUAGGAUUGUUGCUGCCAGAACUGAUAUGCAUGAAUGGCACUUAAAAUAAAUAUAUUAUGUUAACUCUA